AUGUCCAAGGUUAUGCGGAGCAUCAAAAAUGUCACCCAUGGGUACUCUAGCAUCCAGGCCAAGGUCCGCGAAGCGACCAGCAACGACCCAUGGGGCCCGACCGGCACGCAAAUGAGCGAGAUUGCUCAAAUGACCUUCAACACUUCGACCGAGUUUUACGAAAUCAUGGACAUGCUCGACAAGCGCCUCAACGACAAGGGCAAGAACUGGCGACACGUUCUCAAGGCCCUCAAGGUCCUCGACUACUGUCUGCACGAGGGCUCUGAGCUCGUAGUAACCUGGGCCCGCCAGAGCCUUUACGUCAUCAAGACUCUACGCGAGUUUCAGUACAUUGACGAAGACGGCCGCGAUGUUGGCCAAAACGUCCGCGUCGCUGCCAAGGAACUCACCUCUUUAGUUCUCGACGAGGAACGCCUUCGUGCCGAGAGGACCGACCGAAAGUCCUGGAAGUCUCGGGUUACCGGUCUCGAGGAAUUUUCCCCCGAACACAUGGGCUCUUCCUCGCAGCCCCAGCGCAGGCCCAACCGACGCCCGCAAAACGAGGACGAGGACGCCGAAUACAGGCUCGCCCUAGAAGCCAGCAAGGCUCAGGAGGAGGAAGAUCGCAAAAAGCGAGAAAGCAGACAGGGCGAUGCCGUUGACCCCGAUUUGGAAAAGGCCCUGAAGUUGAGCAAGGAGGAGGAGGAACGACGGCGGCGCGAUGUCGAGGACCAGAAUGCCAAUGCACUGUUCGGUUUCGACGAGCCUGCGCAGCCUUCGCAGCCCCAACCCACCGGCCUCAACCAGGGCUAUCAGCAAGGCAAUCAGGUCAACUUUAUGGGUAACCCCAUCGAUCAAAACCAGUUGAUGGGCCAGCCUACAGGAUACAUGCAGAACCCCUACCAGACCGGCAUGAUGCCAAACCAAACUGGCUUUCCCAACUAUAGCAAUAAUGGUUUUGGUAUGCAGCAGACGGGCAUGGAUCCAUACGGUCAGCAGCAGCAACAGUCGAUGCCCUCAUUCCAGCAAUCACAACCCACCGGUUUCAACCCAUACGUACAACAGCAAAUGCAGCCCCAGCAGCCCACCGAGCCUUCUCCUCAACCUGGCAGCAACAAUCCUUGGGCCACGAACCAGUCUCAGCAAUCCCUCAAGCCUAUGCCGACCGGCUCCAAUAACCCGUUCGCCCAGUUCAACAACCGUCCCCAGGCCGCGUCCCCCGUAUCGACACUCUCAGCGCUCCCAGAACAGAAGACGCUGUCCACCUUUGGUCAGCAGCAGCCACAAUUCACACAGCCGCAGCCGCAGAUGAACUUCAAUCAACCCCAAGCCGGCCUCAACGCCCAGCCCAAGAAGGAGCUUAGCGAGCAUGAGAGCAGGCUCAACGCCCUCCUCGCGUCCGGCGACGGCAUGGACACGUACGGAAACACGGGCGAUCUCCGCAUCCCCGCGCAGCACACGGCCCCCGGCAUGUUCAUGAACAGCGCCGGUUCCGGCGCUGCCAGGCUGCAGGCCGAGGCUACGGGCAGCAACCCUUUUAUGCGCCAGCAGUUUACAGGCAUGCCUAGCAUCAGCUACGGGGGGCAGAACGGCCAGCAAAUGAACAACAACCCCUUUGGAGCCCAGCAGCAGCCGCAACGGCAGCAACAGCAACCGGGCCAAGAUUUGAUUCAGUUUUAA